AUGGACGGCAUCACCUUUAUCGACCGCUCUCGACACAGCUUCGGCAUGUAUCAUGAUUCGAUCCGUAGAGACGCUCCUGUGCACCAUGCCUCUUACUCUUCUACCUCACAUUCGACUCGCACACACUCGCCGCCGUACAACAGCGGUGAGAAUAGCAAGCCUUCUUUGCCUUCGUUGAGAUCGCCUCUGCCUAGAGAGCCGAUAUAUGAUCACCAACCCACCUACAAGCCAGCAGCUCUCUAUCCCAACAAGAGGACACGGACUGACUCGGGCUGGGAUGCUCGUACCCCGGAACGAACAUUCUCUGACUCUGCUUCUACCAGCCUUCCUUACAUGCCAGCUCGUCAUGAAGAGAUAAGGCCCCGUUCGCAGUUUGAUCUGCCUACUCAUUCUAGCCGUAGCCCUGUCAUUCACAGUCACCACGCCUCUCCAGACCUUCGUGGCCAAAGGGCGGACUUGCCAAGGACUUACCCAAGUCCUGCUCUUCCUCGUUCUGAUGUCCAUGCUACAUCUGACCCCAUGUUGACAGCCCGUAAUCGCUCGAGCAUGUACAGCAACGCCUCUUCAGUUUCACAGGAUGAAGAUGUGCGUAGACACUCGGGUUACGGCGAAUAUCAACCUCAACCUGCUCGCGAAAGAUAUGCUGUCGAGCCUCCACGUCAGCCGUACAUGUCUGUUGCAGCAAGCAGCAUACAUCGCGAGGAAUACACAUCAGGAGCCAGACUUGAUGUCCCGCAAGCUUAUGGAAACGCUCCAUACCCGUAUUCUCACGCAUUCUUUGUUCCAUCACACUACGAGUACCAGAACGGAAAAUCAAGGAAGAGAAGCAAUCUUCCCAAGCAAUCGACAGAGAUCAUGAAGCGAUGGUUUGACGAAAACAUGCACAACCCUUAUCCCAGCGAGGAACAGAAGAGGCACUUCGCCGCUGUUGCCGGCAUCAAUUUGACUCAGGUCAGCAACUGGUUCAUAAACCACAGACGUCGCUGUCCCGAGCUCAGAGAAAAGCGUGACAAGAGUCGGGCUGGGAGCCGUGACGACGACUUGCAAUAA